CAGGAGCAUGCGAAGCCGGACCGUAGACCAAUCCUUGCAUAGAGUGCGAGGAGGUGGAGCUACAGCUGCUUGGACUGAAGUGCCUCUGCAAGAUGAGUCGUUUUCUGAAUGUACUCCGGAGCUGGCUAGUAAUGGUAUCCAUCAUUGCGAUGGGGAACACAGUGCAAAGCUUCAGAGAUCACAGUUUUCUCUCUGAGAAGCUGUACACAGGCAAGCCAAGCCAAGUAAAUGGUCUCCAGGCUCGGACCUUUGGCAUCUGGACCUUGCUGUCUUCAGUCAUUCGUUGCUACUGUGCCAUUGAUAUCCGCAACAAAACUCUCUAUAACAUCACCCUUUUGACCUUCUUCAUUGCCUUGGGCCACUUCCUCUCUGAAGUCUUCAUUUAUGGCACCGCAGCAGCCACAAUUGGUGUCCUGGCCCCCCUUAUGGUUGCAAGCUUCUCCAUCUUGGGUAUGCUGAUUGGACUGCAGUAUCUGGAAGUAGAAGCAACAUCACAGCACAAGAAACGGAACUGAAGUCACAGAUCCUGUCUACAUUAGGCCUGCCGACCAACCAUCUUCUAGCAUCUACCACCACAUUGCCUCCUUGACCUCUUCUCCUCACCUUGUACCUUACAAGUGGUCAGAGCAUACUUGGACAUCUGUCAUCUUUUUGCACCAAACUGGUUUUGUUCUGAACAGACAACACUAAAUCUGGAUCCAGUGACAGAAGCAUGGUUCCAAGUUGGGUGUGAGUAUUCCUUGAGAGAGUGCAUGGUCUGAAAGCAUCUGUAGCUCUCCAGGAGGAGUGCAGGAUGCACGAGGUGUGCCAAGUAAAGCGAGCAGAUUUCUUGCUCUCUCUCCUCAUCCCAUCCCAUGCAGGAUGCCUAGUAGAGAGGAAAUGUGUGCUUCCUAAGAUCCAGUGAGGAUGGUUGUGGGAAGGGAGGGCCAGGUAUCUAUUUUUGUGAUAUACUGAGCAGCCAGUGUAUUUGUCUCUAUGCGUGGUUUUUAAAAAAUGAGAGAAAUGAGAAAGAAUCAUGCAGAAGUGUAGCUUCUUUUUAUCCACUAGAGAGAGGGAGAGAUGUUGUUUCCACUCUCCCCGUCUUCUCACUCCUAGUCUUUGCAUUAGCAACAAUGACUGAGUUCUUCAUUCCACCUUCCAGCGAAACAGUGUUAGUGCACUUACAUUUAAAAGAACAGACUGCUGUUUUAGAUAGCUCGUUUUCAGGGGUGGGUUUUGUUUUGGGGUUUGUUUUUGAUUAUUAUUUUUUUUUGGACCACAACUCUCAGAAUUCGAGACUCUAGUCACAGUGGCAAAAGUGAGCUGUAAAUUCUAAUCUUAAAAAAGUAACGCAUCCACACUCUAUUAACCCCCAAACCAACCUCAUUUUUUGUUUAUGUUCCUUUUCUUAACCUGGUAAGAGACUUCUUUCAAUCCCCCUUUGGCAAGCCAACUCUGAGAAUAAAUAGGAGACUUUUCUACAGCACUACUCUGUAUAUGAGAGCUGGCACAGUCCCAAGUUGGGAAAGAAGUUGCCAUACAAAACUAGCUUUAAAAAUUAUUUUUAUUGUUGCAUUUUAGUACAUAGUUUAGAGUGAUAGCAGGGUCCAUGUAAAGAAAAGGCUAGAAAAGAUCAACAGAAAUACUGGAUUUUUCCUGCUUCUACAGAAAAAAAGCUAGGUCAGCCCUGGUCUUAUUCACUGUCAUGACAACUACUGCCGUUGUAGUUCUACAGAUGAUAAUACAGCUACCUCUCUUUGCCAGAGCACCACACAGAAUUAGAGUAGCUCAGUUAACACAGAAUUCAGCUGCUUGGUAGAGCUGUGCUAUGCUGAUUCAGAAGUCGUCACACUGGUUGCCAGUUUGCUGCCAAGCCCAGUUGAAGCUAUUGGUGCUAAAGCUUGAAACAACUUGGGUUCCAAUGGCAUUUUGUCCCGUAUGCUGAUGAACUAAGACCAACAGAUGAAUUCCAUCAGAAGAGAUGUAUUAUGGAUCCACAAAGGAGAGAGCCCCCAAAAAGUGACCUAACAGAUACCAGCAUCCUAUUGUUUUCAACGCCAAAUGAACACACUUCUGUUUGCCCAGCUGUUUAAAACUGGUUACACUGUUUUUAAUCCAUUGAAUAAUCUUCUUGAUGCCUUUCAUAUUGUAUUGAUGUUUACUUUUGUUAUUAAUUUUGUACUAUUGGGUGUUACUGUUUUUUUAAUGUAUACUGCCCUAGAAUCUGUUUUGGGAUAAAGGUCUGUUUAUACAUUUUUCAAAAAUACGGUACAUACAUAUCUAACAUUAAAGCUUAGUGCACAACUGCCCAAACUAAAGAGGAAGAAGAAAAAGUGCCCAGUUUCCAGAAGCAUCUUCCUCUGCUGUAUAUAAAUGACUUGGAGAAGUCCUUUGGAAGGAGAUGUCUAUAGGUAGCUUAGGUAGCUUAACUUUUUGUUGGUUGAUACUCUCUGCAUUCUAAGGUGUUUGCAUUCUCACCAGCCCUUCACAAUGUAAUCAAAAGUUCAGUAUGCCCAUUCUCAUUUUGGUGCUCUUUGUAACUUAUGAUGUAUUCAGUACUAAGUUGUAUUUUAUAAAUGAGAUUGCACGUACUGUCAGAUGGUGAAGGAACAGAAUGGUAAAGGCUUAGAUUGAUCAUCUCCCACCCUCCACCGCCGUGCAUGCCUAUAGGUGAAGUGGAGAAUUCUAACAUAAUGAGAACCAGUAUUUAGUCCAGAUGAAUUAACGUGCAAUACAAAUAUUGUGCUAAUUUA